AAAGGUUACGCCAGCUCCCCCGCCAUUUCCCCCUCAGCUGGGGGGUAGGAAGACAGAGGCGGUGAGCCAGCCCAUCUUCCUCCAUUUUCCUCCGCCGCACCCGCAGCCCGAAAAAAGAACCACCUUCUCCGCGCCCACCGCCGCUGGGUCUUUCAGGGUCCUAGAGAGAGCUGGCUUUGGCGGGCUCCCGGCCGGGAGUUCACCAGAUGCAGGCAGCCUCUGCCCUACUUACCUCACAGGCCCAAGAGAGGUGCAGAUGAAAUCAAAUAUGUGAACACACUUUGAACAGUUAUAAAACGUGGCACAAGAGUGAGGAAUAAGAGUGAGCUGUAGGCUGCUGCACCACCAGCAAGAGGGUUUGUAAAAUGCUCUUCUUUGUGUGCUGAAAUGACCAGCAAAGGGAGAAAAUGGUUAUGCGCCCUGGAAACGGAGAACCAGUUUUUACGUAUCUGCUCGCCAGGCCACCUUUGCCAAAUGUAUGCGGAAGAAUGAAAGCCAUCCCUGAACUCCUUGGGCUGGUGGGUGCUUCCCUCUUCUGUGCGCCUCACAGUACCCCACAGGCGUCAGUGAUUACAUCUAUCUCACACCCUGGACUGUGAGUUUCUUGAGAUGGGGAAACCAAGGCACAGAAGUUCGCCAACUUGUAAGCAGCAGAGCUGAGAUUUGAACCCCAGCUACCCGGCUCUCAAAUCCAUGUCCCUAACCACUACACUGCCUUCCAACAACGAAUGCUUGAACCGAGAUCUAGAGAGAUGGAGUAAUUGGCAAAGAUGUCAUGGGAAUAACAUGGUGGAGGCGGGCCUGGAGCCUGAGUCUGCUCUCUGUAUAAUGCUUCGUCCACUCUAGCACAUGGUAUCUGGCUGCUGGUACAGAGCCCCUGGGAAUAGAGGCAUCAGGACGGAUCUGAGAAGUCUAGACAUCUGUGCAGAAAAAGGCCCAGGUUGACUGGGUAGGUCUCCGCAGAAGAGAGCAAGAGCCAGGGAGCAGCCUUUAGGGCAGAAACAAGUAUUGUUACCAGGUCUCCUUUCUCAAGCGGGGAAAGGUUGCUUUUCAAAGGUCUUAUCUGAGGUCUUAACCAUUGUCUUUUCCUGUACUCAUUUAUCAGGGACUUCCCCACACACAGCCAGAAGCACCUCAAGGCCAUAUCUGCCUCAUUGCAAUGGAGCACACAUGGAGCAAGGCUAUAUAUUAGAGAGAUAUUAGAUUAGAUGGGAUGAUCUGAAACCUGGUGUGUGUAGGAAGCUUGGGGCGGGGCCAGGGCCGACAACAGGGAAGACUGGAAUAAAGGUUAGGUCAAGCCUAAAAUCUUAAGCAGCUAAAAGGACUCAAAGAGACUAGAGCAAAACACCUAUAAUCAGCCCAGCCUAAGAGGUGCUGGCAUUCUGUUUGGGCUUCUUGGCACAACAGAAGAGCACCAGAGUCAUGGCCUUCCUCUCCAGACUAGAUCUUCAGGAAUGCCUCCAAACCCUGUCUGUUUUGCAGUGGAUCCCAGUCUACAUAUUUUUAGGAGCGAUUCCCGUUUUUCUUAUACCCUACUUUCUGGUGUUCACUAAAUUCUGGAUCUUGUCUGUGCUUGCCUUAGCCUGGCUCGCCUAUGAUUGGAAUACCCACAGUCAAGGUGGUAGGCGUUCAGCUUGGGUACGAAAUUGGACCCUCUGGAAGUAUUUUCAAAAUUAUUUCCCAAUAAAGCUGGUGAAGACUCAUGACCUCUCUCCCAAACACAACUAUAUCAUUGCCAAUCACCCCCAUGGCAUUGUCUCUUAUGGUGUGUUCAUCAAUUUUGCUACUGAGGCCACUGGCUUUGCUCGGAUUUUCCCAGCCAUCACUCCUUCCGUAGGGACCUUGGAAUGGAUCUUCUGGAUCCCAAUUGUGAGAGACUAUGUGAUGUCAAUGGGUGUGUGCCCAGUGAGUGGCUUGGCCUUGAAGUAUUUGCUGACCCAGAAAGGCUCAGGCAAUGCUGUGGUUAUUGUGGCAGGUGGAGCUGCUGAAGCCCUCUUGUGCCGGCCAGGAGCCUCUACCAUCUACCUUAAAGAACGUAAAGGUUUCGUGAAGUUGGCACUGAAGACAGGAGCAUACCUUGUCCCUUCCUAUUCCUUUGGAGAGAACGAGGUUCACAAUCAAGAGACCUUCCCUGAGGGCACAUGGAUAAGGUUCUUCCAAAAAACCUUCCAGGCCACAUUCAAAAAAAUCCUGGGACUAAAUUUUUGUACUUUCCAUGGCCGGGGCCUCACCCGAGAGUCCUGGGGCUUCCUUCCUUUCAAUCGGCCCAUUACCACUGUUGUCGGGGAGCCCCUGCCAAUCCCCAAGAUUAAGAGGCCAGACAAGAAGACAGUGGACAAGUACCACGCACUCUACAUCGGUGCCCUGCGCAAGCUGUUUGACCAGCACAAAGUUCAGUAUGGCCUUCCUGAGACCCAGGAGCUGACAAUCAUAUAACAGGAACUAGAUCUCUCCCAUUACUAAACUCCUAGAGCAUUGAGGAAUCCAGGUAGGGCUACCCAGAAGGAAGAAUCUGGGGAGAGAGGAGGAUCUCAGGCGUGAGAGAGGAAGACAACCAAGCCAGAAAGCACUUAAUGAAUCUGGCUUGGCGGAAGGACCUAGAGGGGCAGAGGAAGAGUAGGAAACAACCCACUUUAGAAAGCAGAGUCUUGGGAAUCCACAGAUCUUCUUUGCCCCCUGCCUCCAGCCAGCUCUCUGAUCAAAGGAAUGAGAAGCCAAGGAACACCACUGCUCCUUCCUCCCAAACCUUAGUGACGCCAUCACUAUGUAGAUUUAGGCUCAGAAGUCUUGUUGAGAACAAGAAUGCUUUGUUUCCUCCUCCUCUUUAUAAUUUGGGAAAUAUAACAAGGUAAACCAGGGACCUGACCUGUAGUUCUUGAUCCAAGCGGAAAGGAUUCCCUCAGUUGUGACCCACGUCUACACUGGCAAAAACUUCUAUAUGCAGUUACACUGUCUCUUCUAUAAAAAUAAAGGUCUCCUCCC